AUGAACUCUCCAGCCAUGAACAAUGCCCGCUUCCCGACCAAAAGAUCAACCAAACGAAUAUCUGCAAAUCUGUCAGGAGGAAGUCUUCCCAUUCCGGGCAUUCCUCAAUGGGUCCAAUGGUUGGUUGUUGCUAUCAUAUUUGCAGUACCUGCUUACAGACAGUUCAGAGCAAUGAAAGAUAAGGUGGAGAAGGCAGCAGAGGCUGCGAUCGAGGUGAUCGACAAAGUGGCAGAGGAGACGGAGAAGAUCGCCGACGAGGUCGCUGACGCUUUCCCCGGCAAUGAGAUGCUCAAGCAGGCAGCCUCCAAGAAUAAGGCGGUCGCAGAUGAGGUCGAGGAAGAUGCCGAUAAAGCCGAGGCCCUGAUCGAGAAGGUUGACGAGAUAAAGGAAAAGAUCGAUUCCAUAGUCGAUCCUGUAAUCGACAAGGUCGUCAAGGAGUAACCUUGGAGAAGCAGAGCUCAAGGAGAGGAGAGAAAUAAAAGAAAAUCAGGCAGCUUUUGUUUCGCAGAACAUUGCAGACACUUGUUCCUGUUUGAAUCCCACCAAACUUUAGCUCC